AACGGUAACUGGAGUGCACUCUACUUGACGCACUGUGCAUGUAUAUGUAUACGAUAUAACUCUGAUAUAUUUUCAAUAGAAAGGUCUCCAAACUAUGAACGCUUGUGUAUUUUAUUACACGUCCAUCGCAACGACUAGUUGUAAACGUUUUACAACUUAAUAAACUUAUACGGGUUCAUAAUUCAGGUGAAGAAUGGACAUAAUGAAUCAAAGACAUCAAACGAUACCUUUGCAAAAAGUGUUGGUUAUCAUAAGCUGCUGUUUGAUAACAUGUUUUGGAAUCGGUUUUUCAUACUCAUUUGGAACUUUUUUUACUGACAUAAUGACAACAUUUGGAAUAAAUCGAGCUGAAACGGCUGUCAUACAAUCAACAUUAGUGUCUGUAUUUCUACUAACGGGUUUGAUGAAUGGAAUGCUAAUCAAGAAAUUCGGAAUCGUAAAAAUCGGGAUAUUUGGAUCUCUUUUGUUCAGUUUUUCUCUUGAAGCUUGUUUCUUUGCAUCGUCUUUGACCUAUCUUGUGAUAUCUAUCGGAGUUUUCAGUGGCAUAGGCAUAUCGUGUAUAUUUAUAUGCGCAACAGAUGUGAUAGGCCGCCAAUUCUCAGGAAACAAACGGUUUCUCUUAAUGGGUAUGCAGGCGGUAUCUGGUGCAGUUGGAGGAAUGGUUUAUCCAUAUCUAUUAAGAUAUCUGAGUGAUCUAUAUGGCUGGAGAGGUGCACUGCUCUUAAUCGGGGCAAUAAGUUCGAAUGCAGUUCCCUGUUGUAUCAUUUGGAAACAUCCACUGGAUUUGAAAAGAGAUACUCAACAGGGGAACAGUCCAAAUCCAAUUGCCGACUUUCAGAACAGUUUGCAAGUAGAAACAGAAGUCAAAAAUUGUGUUAUUACUAUUAAAAAGACUGAAAAGGCCGUUGCUACAGUUUCCGAUUCUAUAUUUGCCAUAAAAUUUCCGGUUCUAAAGGGAGAGCAAGAAACCAAAACUGUUAUCGUAACAGAUGCUGGGAAUAAAAAAAUGGAAUCAUGUUGUGUUAACAGCAUUAUAGGUGUGUUUAUCAAAUCAGUCCUCUGUAACUCAUGGUUAAUGUUGUAUGUUUUCGGGAUAAUGUUAGCCGUUCCUUUUCAAAAUUUUAUCAUAAUAUUUUUGGGCGAUAUAUACAAUGACAAUGGUUUGACGAAAGAUGAUGUGUCGUUUGGUUUGCUUUUAUAUAACUUGUUUGGCAUAUUUGGACGUUUGUUACCAGGCAUUGUAUUCCAGUUUAAGUUUGUAUCCUCUCUCAUUUUACCAUUGGUAUGUUCAGUGGUAUCAGCUGUUUUAUUUCUUUUAUUCACUUUUGUCAAUACUCGUUGGCUCAUAUUUGCCAUAACUGCUCUCUUAGGAAUGUUUAGAUCUACUGCUCCUGUUGUAACGUUCAGGCUUGUAGGAAGGAACUUAUUACCAGUUGUUCUUGGAACUGUCUUCACAUUUAAUGGCAUAAGUAAUUUGGUUUUGACACCUUUAAAUGGAUUAAUCCGAGACAUAUCUGGUUCAUACACAAGCAUUUACUAUACUGGAACGGCGUUUCAAGUACUGGCAGCUCUUGUUUUCUUAAUUGCGUUUAUAAUUAGAAGAACUAAGAAGCAGAAAACAAUAAGAAACUCAUCAUUAUUUUAUAUAACAAGUUUUUGAAUACUUUUUAAAAAAAACUGCAGUUUUUUUAAACAUAGCUGUAUGAUGUUUUGACGUUUAAAUUUAAGAACAAUAGGCAGUUUAAUGCCACAAAAUAAAUUCUAAUUUGUG